GAGAGAAAGAGAGAGAGACUGGGCACGCCAGGGCUUCCCGGCCCUGCGAACGAAUUCAUUGCAUCGUUCAAUAAUAACAGCAUAAUAAUUGCUAGGAUGAGGCCUAUCAACUUGUCCUUCUCAGCCUGCGGGUUUCUGGGCAUUUACCACUUGGGGGCAGCUUCGGCGUUUCACCGACACGGCAGAAGACUGCUGAAGGAGGUGGAGGCCUUCGCCGGAGCCUCCGCAGGGUCCCUGGUGGCCUCGGUUCUGCUGACAGCCCCGGAAAAGAUCGAGGAAUGUCACCAGUUUGCCUGCAAGUUUGCCGAAGAAAUCAGGCAGCAGUCUCUGGGGGCCGUGACGCCCGGUUAUGACUUCAUGGCCCGGCUGAGGAGCGGGAUGGAGGCGGUCCUCCCUGCCAAUGCCCACCAGCUGGCCCAGCGCCGGCUGCACGUGUCCAUCACCAACGCCCACACCCGCCAGAACCACCUGAUCUCACGUUUCUCCUCCAGGGAAGACCUCAUUCAGGUCCUGCUGGCCAGCAGCUUCAUCCCCAUCUACGCGGGACUGAAACCCGUGCAGCUCAGAGGGCAGAAGUGGGUGGACGGAGGCCUGACCGACAGCCUCCCCAUUCUGCCCGUGGGCCGCACGGUGACCAUCUCCCCCUUCAGUGGACGGACGGACGUCUCCCCGCAAGACCGAGGGCAGCCGCACCGCCACGUGAACGUCUGCAACCAGGACGUGAGGUUGUCUCUGGCCAACCUGAGGACGCUGGUUGGAAUAAAGCCCUUCAAGGCCCGGCCCGGGUGCUUCUGCUGCCCGUGGCAUCGACGCUCUCGUCCAGAGGAGCAGGCGCUGGGCCCGACGUGGGCACGGCCGGGCACGAACCCGUGCGGAAGCGGUCGGGGGUCACUUGGCAGAGUUGCAUGUCCUUUGGGACACUUGGGAGGACAAGCCCGUCGAAUGCAAGUAUGGAGGUGUGGGGUGUGUGUAGGGGGGGGGAUGCAGGGCCCCCACGUAAAUGCUGGGGCCUGGGCUGGAGAGACGGCGUAGCGGUUAAGCGCUUGCCUGUGAAGCCUAAGGACCCCGGUUCGAGGCUCGGU